AAGGCUGGUGGGCGGCCAGCAUGGCGGGCACAGGGCUGGUGGCUGGGGAGGUGGUGGUGGACGCGCUGCCCUACUUCGACCAGGGCUACGAGGCGCCCGGCGUGCGCGAGGCGGCUGCAGCGCUGGUGGAGGAGGAAACCCGCCGUUACCGACCCACCAAGAACUACCUGAGCUACCUGACUGCUCCGGAUUAUUCUGCUUUCGAGACUGACAUAAUGAGAAAUGAAUUCGAAAGAUUGGCUGCCCGACAACCAAUUGAAUUGCUCAGCAUGAAACGAUAUGAACUUCCAGCCCCUUCCUCGGGACAGAAAAACGACAUCACUGCCUGGCAAGAAUGCGUGAACAAUUCUAUGGCCCAGUUAGAGCACCAGGCGGUUCGCAUUGAGAAUCUCGAGCUGAUGUCGCAACAUGGAUGUAAUGCCUGGAAAGUCUAUAACGAAAAUCUCGUUCAUAUGAUUGAACAUGCGCAGAAGGAGCUCCAGAAGUUAAGGAAGCAUAUUCAAGAUUUAAACUGGCAGCGGAAAAACAUGCAACUCACAGCUGGGUCUAAAUUAAGAGAAAUGGAGUCCAAUUGGGUCUCUCUGGUAAGUAAGAACUAUGAGAUUGAAAGGACUAUAGUACAGCUAGAAAAUGAAGUCUUUCAAAUGAAGCAGCAGCAUGGAGAAGCAAACAAAGAAAACAUCCGGCAAGAUUUCUGAGAAGACAAGUGAAUUUGUCUUGAGAGAAAUCCACGUUCCUGCUUUCCUAGAAGACCAAGGAAAGAUCUGGGCUGUGAAGAACAACAGAGUCUUGUGGAAAGCACAACUGUUAAAUGUUUCGAAACCAAGAGAUGUGUGAACUGUUACUUUCCGGUUUUAUAUUAGCAGAUAUAAAAACUUGAAUUUGA